CGAGAUCUCCCGUCUUCAAGUGCUUCCCGCGGACACCAUCGGUGUACGGCGAAUCAAUAAGCAGAGAAUCCCACAGCUCACUGACAGUUCAUCUCGUCGCUCUCUCCCCGCUGUGUGUGCACGUUGCUUCAAACAGGCUGUUUCGUCCCAUCCCUGACAGAAUGACGGUCCGCUGCAUGCCUCCCCGAGUCCAUCUUGUCGCCUUCUCUCGCCUCAUCUCUAUGGCGUUGCUGCUUCUGCCGCUGAACACGACGCAGACUGCCGCUGCCAUCGGCAGCGACAGAGCGGCGAGUGGGCUCCAGCUGAUGCGCAUGCGUCCGCACAGAGGGAGGGGAGGCCCUCUAGAAGCCUUCCUGCCAAGUGUGCCGAGGGAGAUGCCCCUGAGGGGCUUUGGGAUGCGUCGAGAUGAGUCUGUGAGGGCCAUCCAUGCCGGCAAGAGCCGAGAGGUGAGCUGACUGGACAGAUCGACGGGGAUCCACGCCAUUCGUACGAACGAUUCCUUCUCUGUGCUUCUGCCUGUGUGUGUUUCGUUCAGCUGCGCCAUCCAUCCACUCCUUCUCCAUCCCUGGGCACAAUCAACAGAAUGCGGCCUUCAGCUGCAACAGCCAGGUACAUGAAUGCACACAGACGGACAGGCAGAUGGGAUGCCGUCCAUAUGUGUGUGGCUUUCAGAUGGCCGUCCAUGCGGCGUCACACAGCGCUGCUCUCUGCCGUCGCCACACAGGCGGAAACGGCCGGCGAUUCAUCGGAGGCAGUCGGCAAGCCAUCGCUGGAAGGUGGGCACACGUUCAUCUCCCCAUUGCCGACCACGCAGCAAGACUCAUCGUGUGUGGUUCGUCUGCAGGUCGCGUGGAGCUGACAGUGGAUGAUCUGUUGCCCACGGCUGACGUGCCGCUCCCUCGAGUGGACUUGACGACAGAGCCUGAGGUGUUCAUUGGGAGCGAUUAUAUGGACAAGGCCUAUUCGCUGCUGCUGCGCGAGUACGGGAGGUAUGACGAUUCGAGCGCGCGAGUGAUGCCAAUGUCAUUCGUCGGCUUCCAAGGGGCUGGCAAGACCAGGAUGCUGAAAGAGCUGUCUAAGAAGCUGCGACAGGAAGGCAUCCCCGCCAUCUUUAUCCCUUUUGGUGACGAGACCGAGUACAACAUAGACACCGAAGGCGCCUCUACGCCGUUGUUCGACUCACUCAAUCUGCGGCUGGCGUGGGCGGCGGCGACCGACGAGGCGCGAGCAAGGGUCGCACGGGCAGCCAAUGUGGAUGUCGACAAGCUGAACUUUACGAUGUGGCUCAGGCACGCAUUCAUCAGCGAGCGCACCGCUCGUGAGUGGCUUGACUAUCACCCGUGUCUGCUGCUUAUCGACGAUCUUCACCGCUUUGCGACUCUGCAGGGCGACGAACGCUAUGAAGCGGAGGGCAAAGUGGGCAGAUACCUCAAGUGCAAUUUCCUUAAUCGUCGUGACCGGCAUUUCGUCUUCGCUGAGCCCAACAAUGCGACCACUGUCAGCGGCGAUUUUCUCUCCUUCCUCGAUCCAAUGUUCCGGAAGUGGCGUGACCUGCUCCGACCAGAGCUGCCUUUGAUCGAGGGAAAAGGAUCUGGAGCACCUUCUGGACAGCAAUGUGACUCGUGGGACGAUUUGCUGGGCCGGGCGAUCUCCUGGACUGGUAUGGGAGAUGUGUCAACACGGUGGCUCUCUGGAGGCCAAAGUCGGCAACGUCAGUUGUGUCGAUCCACGGAGAAGAUUUGGAGCGAUUGGGGUAUUAUGCGAUUUUCUGGCUACGGCGAUGGAAGGGACCAGCGGCUCUUUUGGGCCUAAUAUCGGCAACUGGACGGC